AUGCGCUACUUCCCGGACCCAAAGCGUCUAACCCCCCCGGAAGGACCCGUGCUGACCCCCCCCCCUCCUCUCGGGGCUUUCACUGCCCGCACACUUCUGCUCUUGACCCCUACUUUCCUCCCUUUAAAGUUGUGCCUAACUGACGUGGCGCUGCCACGUCACCAUAGUCUUUUGCUCCAACUCCGACCGGUAAGGGGCCGGUCCCCCUCUGGUCGCUCCCUUCGGCCCCUUCACCUAUAUCUUUAGCGGCCACCCUACCUCCCCUUUCCCCUUCCCUCUUGCUCCCUCGGCCCCCCGGCUCAUCCACUCUUUCUCCCCACACAUUUGUGCCCUUACUGUUACGUCCCCGAAGGUAUCGUGUCCAAACUGAUGACCUCCCCUUGGUUGCUUUCACCAGGUCAUUUCGGGGCCGUUUCCCUGAUCAUCACCCGCGGACCGUCUCUCCUUUACGGACCGCUGCCCUUGCCUCCCACCCCUACCUUCCCUGCUUCGGUGCCCCCCGAGCUGGGGGCUCGAGCCCUUCGUUACGCGUUUUGGGCUGGGUAUCGGGUCCGCGUGGGGGGAAGCGGAGGAGAGGCUGCCUGAUGCCUUUGCUGGUGUGGGGUGACCGUCUUGAUGUGGUACGCGUUGCGUUGUGUUGUCAGUGAGGUCUUGAGGGUGAGGGCCCUGUGUGUCUGUCUCUAUGUAAGUGAGGGUGAGGCCCUGUGGUCUCUGUCUCUGUCAGUGAGGGUGAGGCCCUGUGUGUCUGUUGGUCAGUAGGUUGCAACGCCCAUGUGUGUCUUGUCUCUGUCAGUGAGGUGAGGCCCGAUGGUCUCUGUCAGUGAGGUGAAAAGGCCAUGGGGUCUCUGGUCUGUCAGUGAGGUGAGGCCCUGGUGUGUCUCUGCGCUGUCAGUGAGCCCAGUGUGUCUCUGUCUCGUCAGUGAGGUGAGGCCCUGUGUCUCUGUCAGUGAGGUGUGUCUCGGUCUCUGUCAGUGAGGUGAGGCCCUGUAUGUGUGUGUGUCUCUUCAGUGUGUUAAUUGUGGUCUGUUCCUAAGCCCUGUGUUAUCCUCUCUGUCUACAGAGUGUGGCCUACAACAUCUAUGAGAUUCCCUUGUUCAUCGUUUAUGGGGGGGCUUAUAGUAAGACUACACUUCUACUCUAGUUCUGUUGUUUUAUAGCCUGUGGUUGGUUCUUCCUCUACAGUAGCGUUUAGAAUUACCUUCACACAAGUGACAUGAAAAAGGCAGAGGCUGGUGUUGUAUUGAAUCAUAUAUGUGGUUGUCUUAGCUACCUUACUUACUCAUACAGUGGGGGGAAAAAAUAUUUAGUCAGCCACCAAUUGUGCAAGUUCUCCCACUUAAAAAGACGAGAGAGGCCUGUAAUUUUCAUCAUAGGUACACGUCAACUAUGACAGACAAAAUGAGAAAAAAUAUCCAGAAAAUCACAUUGUAGGAUUUUUUAUGAAUUUAUUUGCAAAUUAUGGUGGAAAAUAAGUAUUUGGUCAAUAACAAAAGUUUCUCAAUACUUUGUUAUAUACCCUUUGUUGGCAAUGACACAGGUCAAACGUUUUCUGUAAGUCUUCACAAGGUUUUCACACACUGUUGCUGGUAUUUUGGCCCAUUCCUCCAUGCAGAUCUCCUCUAGAGCAGUGAUGUUUUGGGGCUGUCGCUGGGCAACACGGACUUUCAACUCCCUCCAAAGAUGUUCUAUGGGGUUGAGAUCUGGAGACUGGCUAGGCCACUCCAGGACCUUGAAAUGCUUCUUACGAAGCCACUCCUUCGUUGCCCGGGCGGUGUGUUUGGGAUCAUUGUCAUGCUGAAAGACCCAGCCACGUUUCAUCUUCAAUGCCCUUGCUGAUGGAAGGUUUUCACUCAAAAUCUCACGAUACAUGGCCCCAUUCAUUCUUCCUUUACACGGAUCAGUCGUCUGGUCCCUUUGCAGAAAAACAGCCCCAAAGCAUGAUGUUUCCACCCCCAUGCUUCACAGUAGGUAUGGUGUUCUUUGGAUGCAACUCAGCAUUCUUUGUCCUCCAAACACGACGAGUUGAGUUUUUUACCAAAAAGUUCUAUUUUGGUUUCAUCUGACCAUAUGACAUUCUCCCAAUCCUCUUCUGGAUCAUCCAAAUGCACUCUAGCAAAACUUCAGACAGGCCUGGACAUGUACUGGCUUAAGCAGGGGGACACGUCUGGCACUGCAGGAUUUGAGUCCCUGGCGGCGUAGUGUGUUACUGAUGGUAGGCUUUGUUACUUUGGGUCCCAGCUCUCUGCAGGUCAUUCACUAGGUCCCCCUGUGUGGUUCUGGGAUUUUUGCUCACCGUUCUUGUGAUAAUUUUGACCCCCACGGGGUGAGAUCUUGCAUGGAGCCCCAGAUCGAGGGAGAUUAUCAGUGGUCUUGUAUGUCUUCCAUUUCCUAAUAAUUGCUCCCACAGUUGAUUUCUUCAAACCAAGCUGCUUACCUAUUGCAGAUUCAGUCUUCCCAGCCUGGUGCAGGUCUACAAUUUUGUUUCUGGUGUCCUUUGACAGCUCUUUGGUCUUGGCCAUAGUGGAGUUGUAGUGUGACUGUUUGAGGUUGUGGACAGGUGUCUUUUAUACUGAUAACAAGUUCAAACAGGUGCCAUUAAUACAGGUAACGAGUGGAGGACAGAGGAGCCUCUUAAAGAAUAAGUUACAGGUCUGUGAGAGCCAGAAAUCUUGCUUGUUUGUAGGUGACCAAAUACUUAUUUUCCACCAUAAUUUGCAAAUAAAUUCAUUAAAAAUCCUACAAUGUGAUUUUCUGGAUUUUCUUUUCUCAAUUUGUCUGUCAUAGUUGACGUGUACCUAUGAUGAAAAUUACAGGCCUCUCUCAUCUUUUUAAGUGGGAGAACUUGCACAAUUGGUGGCUGACUAAAUACUUUUAUUCCCCACUGUAUAUGUGGUUGUCUCAGCUACCUUACUUACUCAGAUAUGUGGUUGUCUUAGCUACCUUACUUACUCAUAUAUGUGGUUGUCUUAGCUACCUUACUUACUCAUAUAUGUGGUUGUCAUAGCUACCAUAGUACUACUCAUACAGUAUAUGUGGUUAUCUUAGCUACCUUAGUUGAAUGCACUUGACUGUAAGGCCCAAUCCCGAAUGGACCCCUACACCCUAUGCGCUUGUGGAGAUCUGAGGGGAUUUGACCGGUGUAAGUAAUAUGGUAAUAGCUCCAAACCUGCCUUCUGAAGGUAGGGAAGUUGAACCUAUUGCUUUUUACCCAAACAAACCUCUAAAAUUCCACAAAUGCAUGGGGGUUUGGGGGUCCCUUUGGGGUGGGGCCCCAGUUUUAGGAUAAGAGGUUGUAAAUGACAAAAAGAAAUUUUUAUUUGGGGUUUAUUGUUUCCCCCCUUUUUAUAUGUCCCUUUUUAAACAGGGGGAUUGGUAGGAGCACUGUUUAAUAUCCUCAACUACUGGUUGAAAUAUAUUUUAGGAUUUAGGUAAAAUGUUCCAAAUCCUUUCCCCUUACUGGUUUACUAAUUCAGGACCCGGAAAAGGUUUAAAAUCCUAAAAAACUGGUGGACUAUAUUUUAGGGUCAGGUAAAAGUUCAAUAUCCUCAAAAUACGGGGGUGGGGAAAAUUUUUAAUGAACGGGAGAGGGUUUUUUGGACUAUGAGGUAGAACGGGUUUUAAACAAAAAGAAAAAAGUUGAAUUCUUUUUACGGGCCCGGGGAAAAAUAUUUGGGUUUAUUUAAUUUUAAUGUGGGGGGUGAGGGGGAAGAGGGAAUCUUUUUCCCCUGGGGUUUUUAAAAAAAUUUGGGGGUUUUUCUUUUUUUAACCUUAAAAAACCAUUUAAAGAGGAAAAAAUAUUUUUAAGGGUGGGAGGGAGGAAAAAAACCCCCUUAAAAAAAGGGGGGGGUGGGGUUUUGGGGGGCCAAAAUCCCCGAAAACUGGUAUCGGCUUUUGAAAAAUUUAAUAAAAAAUGUCGGGUGCCCAAAAAAAACUCCCGUAAGACCUUAUUUUUUAAAUAAAAUAUAGUGGUAGUUCUUUUCCAAAACAAACUUAGAUAGGGUUUUCUAGGGAGGAGUGGAAUAGAAGGUUGGGGGAAAUGUUGGGGGAAAACAGGGGGGGUUUGUGGGGGAAAACCAGGUGUGGGGGGUGGGUUUUGGGGGUAGGGCAGGUUUUUGGUUUGUUGGACUAGGGCGGGUUUGGUAGGGUUGGACAGAGGGGUGGUAGUGUUUUAUAACAGGUGUUUUAUGUAGGUAGGUUGGAAGACAGGUGUUUUUUGUAUGUAGUUUGCGACUAGGAAAAGGGUUUUUUUAAGGUGCCCGGGGAGUAUCUGAGAUUUAACACAUCUAAGCUUCUUACUUUUAACCUGCAGGCGUGGGGGUUUCAAAAAAGACACUAAAGCUGUCAUUUUGGUUUUUUCCUAAAAAGGGAGGAGACUUUUUGGGAAAAGGGCCUUUUUAGUUUUUCCUUGUUUAGUUUUUUUUUGUUUUUCCCCCCCUGUGCUUUGUUUAAAAAUAGGGGCAUUCUGGGUUUUAAAAUGUUUUUCUGGGGUUUUUGUUGGGGUUUUGUUGUGGGGAUCUUUGGGGGUUGUUUUGGGGGUGUGGGGUGUGUUUCAGGGAAGGGCCCGGCCCCGUUCCCGGGAUGGAAGGCCCUGCUAGUUGGGCUAAAAGGGACGGGGCGUCCCAUGAUCAUUUCUCUAAGGGCGUAGCCCUUUGAAAACCCCACCAGUAGAGGACCCACCCCUGCAGGACACGCGCCCACUCUCUCACUCUCUCACCCAAUCACUCAUCAAUCAGCACUCGCUUACACACUCACACCCUUUCCCCUCUGGUUUUAGUUUGUUUGGGGGGAUGGGAAAAAAAACUCCCCGGCAAGCCUUUUUUUUAAAAAACCCCCCUGAGAGGAAAGGGCCCCAGCUCCCUUUCCCAAACCCAAAAAAAGGGAAGAAGUGUGGGGUGGGGCCGGGGGAUUAAACCCGACCAGUGGGGUUUUUUAGUGCCUGUGGGAUUUCAUGUGAGGGGCCCCCCCCAAGGGUUAAAAUAACUGACUGCUUAAACCCAAAAUUUUCCCCUUUUAAAAAAGGCUAAUUUACUUUAAAAUGUUUUUUUUUCACUAGAAAACCAAUUUCCCAAAGGGGAAAAUAAUUUGGUUUUUAAAUUUUAUGAAUGUAAAAAAGUUUGUUAAUUUCAUUUUUCUCUCUCUUCUGGUUUUCCUUGUUUUUUUUUUUGUUCCUUUUCCCCCCCCCCCCUUUUCAAAGGGUUUGGGGGGGGUCCUGGGUUUUCUUUCUCUUCUUUUUUUCUCUCUCUCCCUCGGGGGCUUUUCCUCGGGUUUUCCCUCUUUUUUCCCCUUCUUUCCCCCUCCCUUCCCCCAGGUUUUAAAAAACCCUGCUUGAGUGUGUUUUCGGUUUAACCCAUUUUUCCCCCCCGGCCCGUUGGGCCUUUUGGGCCUGAAGGUCUCAGCUUUGGGGGCUUCUCCCAAACUUUCUUAUAGGAGCUCUGGGGACGACGUUUGGAAUAUGUGGUUCUAUCACGCCUAACGGAUCGGUGGGUUGGAUUAUGGGGGAACCAAAUUUUGGGGGUUAAAAGGGAUAUUUUGGGGUUAAGGGCAUCAUUUGGGGGGGGUUUAGGGGAGGGGGAUCUUUGGGGGGGUUUUAGGGCACGUUUGGGGGGAUGGGCCUUGGGUUGGGGGGGGCCCUUUUUAAAAGGGCAUCUUGGGUUUCCGGUUGGGGGGUUAUAGGGGCACGUUUUGGGGGGUUUUUAGGGCAUCGUUGUUUGGGCCUUUUGGGGGGGUUUUAAAAUGGGGAUCGUUUGGGGGUUUUAAUUUUUGGGCAUCGGGGGUUAAAUUGGGGGGGUUUUAGGGCAUCGAUGGGGGUUAUAAAGGGAUCAGGGGAAACCCCCUUCCCCGGUGGUUAAACCCCCCCGUAAACUUGGUUUAACACUUUGGGGGGGGGGGGGGGGGGGGGGGGGGGGGGGGUUUUUCCCAACCCCGUUUAAUCCCCCAAAUAUCAACGGCCCAAAAUAUUCCCCAAAUUUUUAAAAUGGAGUGUGGUGUGGUGUGUUGGGGGUUUUGGGAAAAUUUUUGGGGCCCUUUCCCGGGAAAACCCCUUUAAUAGAAACCCGCAGCACAACGGGGGGAGUUCCUUCCUGGAGGGUUUUACCCAUGGUUUUAAAGGGUUACCAAUUAUCAGUUUAAAAAAGUUUUAUGUUCAUUUUCCCACGCUGGAGAAAAAACCCCCGGUUUUUGAGAUGUUUUUCAUGAACUGUUUAAAAGAUAGGGUUUUUAAACAGAUUUUUUAAAGUAAUAAGUAAAAUACCUUCCCCUUCUCUGGGGGGGGCCCUAGUGAGAAAAGACUUUUCGUUUAAGCAUUCUGGGUAGUAGUAGAAAAUUUUGUGAGGGAGUAGUGUAGGGUAUAGGUGUUAUUUUAUAUCGGGUUUUUAAAAAAUAACUGAUGUUUUAAAAAAUCCUCCCCUCCCCUUUGGGGGGCCUAGUGAAAAGACUCCCCCAGUUUAAGUCAUCAUGAUUUUUAAGUUUUGAUUAGGGGGGUUUAAAUAAGGGGGAUAUAGGGGGGGGGGUUAAAUAUAAUAUAUAACCGUUGGGGGAAAAAAAAUUUUUGAGGACCGGAAGUUUCCCCAAAAAAAAAUUAUUUUUAUAGGUUUUAAAUAAACCUUACAGAAAAUUGGAAAAAAAAAAAAGGAAAAAAAUUUUUGUAAUUUUUUAAAUUUUUUGGGGGAAAAAAGUAGGACAUUAAAACCCAAAAUUUUGGGCUCACGACCCGUAUUUUCUUUAAGAGGAUUCCCUUUUUUGUUAUUAUUAAAAAUUUUUAAUUUAAAAAAGUUAAAAAAAGAAUGUAAAACCUCCUCCCUCCUAUUGGGGGCCCAAAAUGAAAAAAACCCCAAAAAUUUAAAUCACAUGGGUGAAGCAAAGGAAACGGGGACAAAAGGUCCUUAACCCUUUUGGGGAAAAAAAGACCAAAAAACCCUUAAAGCUGGGGCCCGGGCUACCCCGGGGGAAAAAAAACAAAUUGGAAAAAAGGAAAGGGGGUGGGGGGCUGGGCCAAAAUAAAAAAUUCCUAUAAAAUGGAGGGCCUUCUAAAGGGGCCCAACUUAGGGGCCUUUUUUGGGGAAAAAAAAAUUUUUUAAAAAUAAAAACAAAAAGGGUUUCCCCCCGGGGGGGGCCCCUGGUUUGGGGUUUUAAAAAAAUUUUAAAAAAAGAAAGGGGGGCCUGGGGAAGGAAAAUUGUUUAGCAACUGGUUAAAAUUUUUCCCUAAGAAAAAAUAAAAAUUGGAAAGAAGGAUUUGUGGGUUCAAUUAAUGAUUAAUUUAACCCCUGAAAAAUUAAAUUUGGUUUUACAAGUAUCUUGUAAGGAAGGGGAAUGGGGUUUCAGUUUGGGGUUAAUGUUUAAAAAGAAAAAAUUUUAGAAAAAAAAAAAGUAUUUUGGGUUUUUUUUUUUUCGGGAAGGGGCCCCUUUUUUGGGGUUUUGACAAAAACCCCAAAAAAAAAAAAAAAAAAAAAUUUGAAAAAAUAAAGCCCCCCAGGGGGAAGUUAUUGUUUCUUUUUUAACAACAAAAAUUAGGAAUUUUUGGGGGUUUAUUUUAACCGAAAAAUUCCAAAAAAGGGGUUUGUAAAAAGGGGACUUUUUGCGGGAUUGGGGCCGGGGGGCCUUUAAACAAAACAAAAUAAAAACCCGCAAAGAAGUUUUGGGGGUUGGACGGAACCCUUGGGGGGGGCCUUAAAUUCUCCGCCCCGGUUUUUGGUUGGCGGGUUUAGCUUUAAAAAAACCCGGUGGUUUUUAGGUGGGGGAAAAAUUUUCCUUUUGGGGCAUCCAGGUUUUUGGACCCGUGGGCUGGGACAAGGGGAAAGUCUUGGAUCACGUCGUUCAAUAUCUGUGGGGUUUUUAGAACCCUGUGUUUUUUUAGGGUUUUUGUAGACAUCCACAUCAAGCCCGCAGGUUUCCCUUUUUUUCACUGGGAGGGGCCCCCCCCACCCCCACUGGCUAAAAGCCAGGUAAACCCCUCUCAUUGGCCGAAUGCAAAGUAAGCCAAAUUUUCCCAUUUGCUUACUGGCCGAUGAGCCCGUUUCCAAAUUUGGUAAAAGCGUUUAUCUGCCCUCUGAAACCCCACCACUUUUCUUACUUUUUCCUCUCCUUCCAUUGUGUCUCUCUCUCUUUUUCUCUUCUGGUUUUCUGUUUUUUUCUCCUCUUGUUUUUUCCCUUCUCCCUCCAUCUCCUUCUCUCUUUUUUCCUUCGUCUUUUUUCUUCCCCCUCCCUCCCAAUUUGCACUUUUUCUUCUAUCUCUUAAACGCGCUCUCCUCGCUCUCUCCCUUUAUCUCCCCCUCCCCUCUUUCCCCCAAACAUCUAUUUGGGCCCUUUUCUUCAUUUCCCUUCUCUCGGGAGGUGAAUUUAGGGCUCCAGCCCCCUGUUUUAAAAAAGUUUAGAAAAAGGGUUGGGGACCAUCGUGGACGGGCCCUUUGCAAAACCCCACCAAUCAAAAAGGCUUUCCCCCGUCGUCCCCUCGGUGCCCCGGGUAGGACGAGGAUGGGGAAAACUCCGCCCAAAACAUUUUUGUCUAUAAUUGGGGUUUUACUUUUAAUGGCUGAGAAAGGUUUUAUUUUUCUUGGGAAAGUCUAUGACUUAUUCAUCCCGUUUUUCUCUUCCUUUUUAUUACUCUUAACCGCUCCUUUGCCCGGGGGAAAAUCUGUGGACCCCCCAAUUUUCCUUCGUUUCUCGAUUUUUAUAAAUAAUUUUCUCCAAACACCAAAAAGGUUACUUUCUUCCCUGGGGGGUUUUUUAGGUUUUUUCCCUUUUUCUUCCGAGGUUAUAUGGCAUCGUAUGGGUGGUUAUAGGGCAUCGUUAGGGGGGUAAGGCAUUCUUAUGGGGGUUAAAAGGGCAUAUUCCUUGGUGGUUACCCAUAGUUACCUGUUUUACAAUUUGGGGGGGUGGGGGUGGGUUGGGUCUGCUGCAUACCUGUUGGCUCUUCAACUGCUGCAUUAACUAUCACCGGCAUUGCAUAGUACGCUGGCCAGAUUAUUGUCAAUAGUGUGAGUGUGUGUGUAUGUGUGUGUGUGUGUGUCAGAUUUGGGCCGUUCCAGGGAAGUACGCUUUAAUAGGAGCUGCAGCACAACUGGGUGAGUAUCAUUCCUGGAGCUCUACCUAUGGUUUAGAGAUGUUACUCAAUCUAUCAGUUAAACAGUUCAUGUAUCAUUCCUAUCAGUCUGGAGCCAUACCUAUGGUUUAGAGAUGUUACAUGAACUGUUUAACUGAUAGAUUUGUCAUCAUGCAUUUUAAUGUAAUAAUGUAAUAUAUCCUCCUCUUCUCUAGGGGGCAUAGUGAGAAUGACUCUCAGUUUAAGUCAUCAUGAUGUAUUAGUAGUAGAUAUAGUGAGUAGUAGUAGUAGAUAUAGGUGUGUAUAUAUAUACUGUUUUAAUAAUAACUGAUGUAAUAUAUCCUCCUCUCCUCUAGGGGGCAUAGUGAGAAUGACUCUCAGUUUAAGUCAUCAUGAUGUAUUAGUAGUAGAUAUAGUGAGUAGUAGUAGUAGAUAUAGGUGUGUGUAUAUAUAUAUAUAUAUAUAUAUAUCUAUAUAUAUAUAUAUAUAUAUAUAUAUAUAUAUAUAUAUAUAUAUAUAUAUAUAUAUAUUGUUUUAAUAAUAACUGAUGUAAUAUAUCCUCCUCUCCUCUAGGGGGCAUAGUGAGGAUGACUCUCAGUUUAAGUCAUCAUGAUGUAUUAGUAGUAGAUAUAGUGAGUAGUAGUAGUAGAUAUAGGUGUGUGUAUAUAUAUAUAUAUAUAUAUAUAUACUGUUUUAAUAAUAACUGAUGUAAUAUAUCCUCCUCUCCUCUAGGGGGCAUAGUGAGGAUGACUCUCAGUUUAACAGUCAUCAUGGUGGAAGCAACAGGAAAUGUGACUUACGGUCUCCCCAUCAUGUUGGUGCUGAUGACAGCCAAGAUAGUAGGAGACUACUUUGUGGAGGUGAGUCUGCAGUACAAAUACUAUACUGACUUAAAGGGGCAAUAUGCUGUGGGAAAAACAAGGGUCCCCGCCACUGUUUUGGUAAAAAGCUGAGAGAUGGGCCUGAAGAAAUGUUAGCACUGUUAAAUUCAUAGACACAACUAUUGAUGCAAGGAGUGACCAUUCAAGAUAUCAACAUGAUAGUUUUAACCAUAUGUAGAGGCUGUACAGUGUUAAUGUUUACAGAUAUUAGACUAGCUUAUCGUUUGUUCUGAUGGGGUACAACAAUUCAAUUGAUAUAAGCUCAUGAUGCAAGUUAUUUUCUUCAACAAUCAAUUAGGAUUGAUUAUUAAUCUAGAAAUCCAAAAAUGGAUGUAGCAUCUGCGGAUUGCGUUAACAGCAAUAUCCCGUCAAUGAAGUGCGUUGGAGGAUGGGGCUAAACUUCUCCGCUGUCUUGGUGGCGUAGCUACCACGUUGUAGCAGCCUGAAGCACUCCUGUGGACAUGCACAGAUACUGACUGUGACUGGGAGUAAAGUCUUGCAUCACGCUCGUCUCAAUAUCUGUGUGUGUAGUAAUCCAUGUGUUUGUUUCUUAGGGUCUGUAUGACAUCCACAUCAAGCUGCAGAGUGUUCCCUUCCUACACUGGGAGGCCCCCGCCACCUCCCACUGGCUAACAGCCAGGUAAGCCCCUCUCUCAUUGGCCGACUGCCAAGUAAGCCAUUCUCCUAUUAGCUUACUGGCCGAUGAGCCCGUUUCCCAUUGGCUAACUAGCAGUUGAUCUUGCCCUCUGACCUCACCACUCUCUUCCUCUUCUCUCUCUCCUUCCAUCUCGCUCGCUCUCUCUCUCUCUCUCUCUCUCUGUCUGUCUCUCUGUCUCUCUCUCUGUCUCUCUCCCUGUCUCUCUCCCAUCUCACGCUCUCUCUCUCUCUCUCUCUGUCUGUCUCUGUCUCUCUCUCUCUCUCUCUCUCUCUCCCAUCUCGCACUCUCUGUCUCUCUCUCUCUCCCAUCUCGCGCUCUCUCUCGCUCUCUCCUUCCAUCUCUCUCUCUCUCUCUCUCCCAAUCUAUCUAUCUGGCCUUCUCUUCAUACUUCGUCUCUCUCAGGGAGGUGAUGAGUGCUCCAGUCACCUGUUUUAAACGUAUAGAAAAAGUUGGCACCAUCGUGGACGUCCUUAGCAACACCUCCACCAAUCACAACGGCUUCCCUGUCGUCGUGCCGGUCGCCGCUAGCGACGAUGUAUGGAAAGCUCCGCCUGAAGGCCAUUAUUGUCUUAUAAUUGGGCUUGACUUCUAAUUGGCUGAGAAAGUUCAUUUCUCUCUGAACUGUCUAUGACUUAUUCAUCCCUGCUUUCUCUCUUCUCUUUCAUUCAUCUCUUCAUCCGCUCCUCAGCCGGGGAAGAUCUGUGGACUCAUCCUUCGUUCUCAGAUCAUCGUUCUGCUCAAACACAAGGUGACUGUCUGUCCCUGUCUGUCCUGUCCUGUCUGUCCAGUCCUGUCUGUCUCUAUUAAUCUCUCUCUCUCUCUCUCUCUCUCUCUCUCUCUCUCUCUCUCUCUCUCUCUCUCUCUCUCUCUCUCUCUCUCUCUCUCUCUCUCUCUCUCUCUCUCUCUCUCUCUCUCUCUCUCUCUCUCUGUCUCUCUGUCUCUCCCCAGGUGUUUGUAGAGCUGGCUCGAUCCAGGUUGACCCAGAGGAAGCUACAGCUGAAGGACUUUAGGGAUGCCUACCCUCGCUUCCCCCCUAUCCAGAGUAUCCACGUAUCACAGGAUGAGAGGGAGUGCAUGAUGGACCUUACAGAGUUCAUGAACCCUACACCCUACACCGUACCACAGGUAUAUACAGUGCCUUCAGAAAGUAUUCAUAGCCCUUGAAUAAUUCCACAUUUUAUUCUUACACCCAUCUAGACACAAUACCUCAUUAUGACAAAGUGAAAACAUGUUUUUAGAAAUGUUAUUAAAAAAAAAAAUGAAAUACAGAAAUAUCUCAUUUACGUAAGUAUUCAGACCCCUGAGUCAAUACUUUGAAGAAGAACCUUUGGCAGCGAUUACAGCGGUGAGUCUUUCUGGGUAAGUCUCUAAGAGCUUUCCACACCUGGAUUGUGCAACAUUUGCCCAUUAUACUUUUCAUAAUUCUUCAAGCUCUGCCAAAUUGGUUGUUGAUCAUUGCUAGACAACCAUUUUCAGAUCUUGCCAUAGAUUUUCAAUCCGAUUUUAAGUUAAAACUGUAACUCGGCCAGGAACAUUCACUGUCUUCUUGGUUAGCAACUAGUGUAGAUUUUGCCUUGUGUUUUAGGUUAUUGGCCUGCUGAAAGGUAAAUUCAUCUCACAGUGUCUGGUGGUAAGCAGACUGAACCAGGUUUUCCUCUAGGAUUUUGCCUGUGCAUAGCUCCAUUCCAUUAAUUUUUUUAUCCUGGAAAAACUCCCGGUCCUUAAUGAUUACAAGCAUACCCUUAACAUGAUGCAGCCACCACUAUGCUUGAAAAUAUGGAGAGUUGUACUGAGUAAUGUGUUGUAUUGGAUUUGCCCCAAACAUAACACUUUGUAUUCAGGACAAAAUAUGAAUUGCUUUGCCAUAUUGCAGUAUUACUGUAGUGCCUUGUUGCAAACAAGAUGCAUGUUUGCAACCAUUAGGUUAGUAUUGUGGAGUAACUACAAUGUUGUUGAUCCAUCCUCAGUUUUCUCCUAUCACAGCCAUUAAACUCUGUAACUGUUUUAAAGUCACCAUUGGCCUCUUGGUGAAAUCCCUGAGCGGUUUCCUUCCUCUCCGGCAACUGCGUUAGGAAGGACGCCUGUAUCUUUGUAGUGACUGGGUGUAUUGAUACACCAUCCAAAGUGUAAUGAAUAACUUCACCAUGCUCAAAGGGAUAUUCAAAGUCUGCUUCUUCUUCUUUUUUUAUCUACCAAAAGAUGCCCUUCUCAAAUCAAAUCAAAUUGUAUUUGCCACAUGCGCCGAAUACAACAAGUGUAGACAUUACAGUUAAAUGCUUACUUACAGCCCUUAACCAACAAUGCAUUUAUUUCUUAAUAAAAAAGUAAAAUAAAACAACAACAACAGAAAAGUGUUGAGAAAAAAAGGUGGCUGGAGUCUUUGACAAUUUUGAGGGCCUUCCUCUGACACCGCCUGGUAUAGAGGUCCUGGAUGGCAGGAAGCUUGGCCCCAGUGAUGUACUGGGUCGUACGCACUACCCUCUGUAGUGCCUUGCGGUCGGAGGCUGAGCAGUUGCCAUACCAGGCGGUGAUGCAACCAGUCAGGAUGCUCUCGAUGGUGCAGCUGUAUAAUUUUGAGGAAUCUGAGGACCCAUGCCAAAUCUUUUCCGUCUCCUAAGGGGGAAUAGGCUUUGUCGUGCCUUCUUUGAGGGACCUUACAGAUAAUUGUAUGUGUGGGGUACAGAGAUGAGUAAGUAGUCAUUGAAAAAUCAUGUUAAACACUAUUAUUGCACACAGAGUGAGUCCAUGCAACUUAUUAUGUGACUUGUUAAGCAAAUGUUUACUCCUGAACUUAUUUAGGCUUGCCAUAACAAAGGGGUUGAAUACUUAUUGACUCAAGACAUUUCUGCUUUUCAUUUGUAAUUAUAUGUACAAAUUACUAAACAUAAUUCCACUUUGACAUUAUGGGGUAUUGUGUGUAGGCCAGUGACCAAAAGUCUGAAUUUAGUCAUUUUUUAAAACUGUAACACAACAAAAUGUGUAAAACGUCAAGGGGUGUGAAUACAUUCUGAAGGCACCACACACACACACACGCACACAGAGUACACACUUUUCAUCAUCACCCCUCUCUCUCUCUCUCUCCUCCCCCCCCCCCCCCCCCCAGGAGACGUCUCUUCCUCGUGUGUUUAAGUUGUUCAGAGCUCUGGGUCUCAGACACCUGGUGGUGGUGGACAAUGAGAACAGGGUGAGUUACUGUGUGUGUAUGCAUGUGAGAGUAUAUAAGCUGGUGUGUAUACGUUCAACGAUAUAAUGUUCUAUGUGUUAAUAGAAUAUAUUCAAUAUUUUGUUAACAAUUCAUUUUUCUACAAAUGGCAUCCUAAUUCCCUAUAUAGUGUACAUAUGCCAUUUGGGACCAGUCCUUGUUCUCUAAUAAUAAUACAUUCAAUUAGGCUGUGGCUGCAGAUCUGACUUUUCGGGAUCUUUAGUCUGCUGCAUUAAAAGAUCCUGAGCUUCCUGAAGCUUCUGAGCAUGUGUGGAUCACGUUCUGUGCAUAUGCUCCACUUUAGGCGUAGAGAACAGGCUACACAGGAGAACGGUGCUGUUUUAAUAACGUUAGAUCAAGCUGAAUCAAUGUCUGCAAGAUCACAUAAUGAUCACAGUAUUCUACAUAACACAACCCAAUAUAAUAGCAUAGUAUAGCUUUACUGGAAGACUAAAACACAUUCAAGUUCUACAUCCAUGCAGCAUAGUAACCAUUCGGUCAGUUUCAUGGGGAUAUGCAUUUAGAUCUUCUCGAGAUAUACAGUCAGUUUCAUGGGGAUAUGCAUUUAGGUCUUGAGUUAUACAGUGUUGAUUUGAAGUAGCAUACAGUGUUUACCAUAGCCUACCUACCUGUGUAUUUAGAGCAGAUGGUGUUAGUUGUAGCAUAGCCUACCUACCUGUGUAUUGUAGAGCAGAUGAUGUUAGCUGUAGCAUAGCCUACCUACCUGUGUAUUGUAGAGCAGAUGAUGUUAGCUGUAGCAUAGCCUACUUACCUAUGUAUUGUAGAGCAGAUGAUGUUAGAGCCGAUUUGGGCAUAUUUUGUAUAAAAGACUGAACAUACUGAGCUCCAUGUACAUUUGUGUAAAUAUAUUAAAUAUUAAUGUAUAUGAUGAAAUAUUAGGUACGUACCUUUAUGAUUUAUUUACCGGAUUGAGAUAUAUUCAUUUGUUAUUAGUGUAACUCAGUUUUUGGCCCCCCCUCUUGCCCAUUCAUUGUACUGUGUUAAUUGUGUUAGUAUAAAGGCAGGAAGUUGGGCCUUCGGGGGGAGGAGUCCUUGCUAGAUGCGGGAGCGGUAUAGUUUUUUGACCAUAUAGACAUACAGAAAUACAGACAGACAGGUCAUAUUAUAUUAUGUAUUUGCAUUUCAAGUAAUCUCUGCUUUAAGUUGAUUGGAGAAUACCUUUUUGUUAGAUAAGAAGAAUAAACAUUUUUUGUUGCACUAUAUCCCUGGAUCUCAUUGAAUGUUUGGCCGUUUGGAAACGUUGAGUGUGGACUGUAUGCGUCCGAAACAACCCCGCUUCAGGCUAGGGCAGUGGCUAUGGUAAAGAGGAAAGGAAGCCACUACAGAUGAUGUUAGCUGUAGCAUAUCCUACCUACCUGUGUAUUGUAGAGCAGAUGGUGUUAGAUAUAGCCUACCUACCUGUGUAUUUAGAGCAGAUGGUGUUAGCUGUAGCAUAGCCUACCUACCUGUGUAUUUAGAGCAGAUGGUGUUAGCUGUAGCAUAGCCUACCUACCUGUGUAUUGUAGAGCAGAUGGUGUUAGCUGUAGCAUAGCCUACCUACCUGUGUAUUUAGAGCAGAUGGUGUUAGCUGUAGCAUAGCCUACCUACCUGUUAAUUUAGAGCAGAUGGUGUUAGCUGUAGCAUAGCCUGCCUACCUGUGUAUUUAGAGCAGAUGGUGUUAGCUGUAGCAUAGCCUACCUACCUGUGUAUUUAGAGCAGAUGGUGUUAGUUGUAGCAUAGCCUACCUACCUGUGUAUUGUAGAGCAGAUGAUGUUAGCUGUAGCAUAGCCUACCUACCUGUGUAUUGUAGAGCAGAUGAUGUUAGCUGUAGCAUAGCCUACCUACCUAUGUAUUGUAGAGCAGAUUAUGUUAGCUGUAGCAUAGCCUACCUACCUGUGUAUUGUAGAGCAGAUGGUGUUAGCUGUAGCAUAGCCUACCUACCUGUGUAUUGUAGAGCAGAUGGUGUUAGCUGUAGCAUAGCCUACCUACCUGUAUAUUUUGCCUUGAGGCGCAGGCUGUUGAGUGUUGGCCAGAUGAGAGGGAAAUGCUGGUGGUGUUUUAGUCUUCCAGUAACAUACUAUGCUAUUAUAUUGGGUUGUGUUAUAUAAAAUACUGUGAUCAUUACUGGAUCUUGCAGACAUUGAUUCAGCUUUAUCUAACUUUAUUAAACGAGCACCAUUCGCCUGAGUAUCGCAGAAACUUCGGGAAGCACCGGGUCUUUUAAUGUGGUGUCCUAAAGAUACAGAAAAAGUGGGAUCCGCAGCCGCUCUGUUCAAUUUAAAACGCCUUUAGAAAAAACUAAGGAUGCUGUACAGCAAAAUAAAGUGAAAACAGCAAAGAUAAGACAAUGACAACUAGGGUUAAAAUAAGUAGACUGAUGUGUGAUGUCAGUGGAACAUGUGGUUGUCUUCUCUCUAAAGGUUGUGAUGUCAGUGGAACCUGUGGUUGUCUUCUUUCUAAAGGUUGUGAUGUCAGUGGAACAUGUGGUUGUCUUCUCUCUAAAGGUUGUGAUGUCAGUAGAACCUGUGGUUGUCUUCUUUCUAAAGGUUGUGAUGUCAGUGGAACCUGUGGUUGUCUUCUUUCUAAAGGUUGUGAUGUCAGUGGAACCUGUGGUUGUCUUCUUUCUAAAGGUUGUGAUGUCAGUGGAACCUGGACUGGUUUUGUUGCCUUUUCUUUCUAAAGGUUGUGAUGUCAGUGGAACCUGUGGUUGUCUUCUUUCUAAAGGUUGUGAUGUCAGUGGAACCUGUGGUUGUCUUCUUUCUAAAGGUUGUGAUGUCAGUGGAACCUGUGGUUGUCUUCUCUCUAAAGGUUGUGGGUCUGGUGACUCGGAAGGACUUGGCUCGCUACCACCUGGGGAAGCACGGGCUGGAGGAAAUGCAACUGGCUCAGACAUGA